CAACUAAUCAUCGCCAUGGCUCUCUGCAAGUAUUUCUUUCUCCUCCUCUCCCUCUGCUCUCUCUCCCUCUCAACCCAAGAAACCCAAAACCCUAAACAAAACUUAGAGUUCAAACCCUCUAUGAACUACUCUCUCUCAUUCCCACUCACCUCUCUCCCUCUCUCUCGCCCUUCUCCUACACCUCUCCUCUCUUCCCUCACUUCAUCAUCAACCAAACAAGCCCCUAAAACCAACCAAAGUCUUUACAGAUCUCAAUUCAAGUACACAAUGGCUUUGAUCGUUUCUCUCCCUAUAGGGACUCCUUCACAGACCCAACAGAUGGUCUUAGACACCGGAAGCCAGUUAUCGUGGGUCCAAUGCAAAAAGAAAUCAACGGUCAGAAACCCUCAAAAGACUCUUCCGUCGUCGUUCGAUCCUUCUCGCUCCUCCACCUUCUCUUUUCUCCCCUGUAACCAUCCUAUCUGCAAACCCAGAAUUCCCGAUUUUACCCUCCCAACCACCUGCGACCAAAACCACCUCUGUCAAUACUCUUACUUCUACGCUGACGGCACUUUCGCUGAGGGCAAUCUCGUCCGAGAAAAAGUUAGGUUCUCCAGUUCUCAAAGCACUCCUCCUUUGAUUCUCGGUUGCGCUCAGGACUCCGACGUCUCCACGGAGGGUAUUUUGGGAAUGAAUCUUGGCCGGCUUUCCUUCGCUUCGCAAGCCAAGGUUUCCAAGUUCUCGUACUGCGUGCCGGUUCGCCCGAACCGGGGAUUGGUCCCGCCCGUCGGGUCUUUCUACCUGGGCGAGAACCCAACCUCCGGUAUGUUCCGAUAUGUUGACCUCUUGACAUUCGAUCGAGCUCAAAAUCAACGCAUGCCAAAUUUUGAUCCGUUGGCGUAUACUGUGGGGAUGGAAGGUAUCAGGAUUGGUGCCAAAAGGCUGGAUAUCCCGAGAUCCGUUUUCCGACCCGAUGCUGGUGGUGCCGGUCAGACGAUGAUCGAUUCUGGCACGGAGUACACGUUCUUGGUGGAAGGUGCGUACACUAAGGUAAGGGAAGAGAUCAUGAGGCUGGUGGGGUCCAGGGUGAAGAAGGGGUUUGUGUAUGGACAAGCGUUAGAUUUGUGCUUUGAUGGGAAUGCUGCGGAGAUCGAACGGUUGGUGGGGGAUGUAGUGUUGGAGAUGGAGAAAGGGGUGGAAAUUGUAGUGGAUAGAAAUAUGGUACUGGUUGAUAUUGGAGGUGGGGUCCACUGCUUGAGCUUUGGACGAUCGAAUUUGCUUGGAGUGGAAAGCAAUAUCAUAGGGAAUUUUCACCAGCAAAACCUAUGGGUGGAAUUUGACCUCGCCAAUCGUAGGGUUGGAUUUGGGAGAGCAGAUUGCAGCAAAUCAGCCUAAAGAAAAAUACCACUAUUUGAUCCUCAUCUGACGGUGUAUAUUAUAUGUUCUUUUUGGUAGACUAUGUAAUUAUGUAUA